AUGAGCGUGAAAGUUCGACCCUUCACGAUCGAAGUCCCACCUGAUGAGGUUGAUCGUAUGAAGCGCAAGCUCCGAGACACCCGAAUGCCAAAACUUCCUAUCGGCCGUCCAUCGCUGACUCACAAGCUCUACAACAAGUUCGUCAACUUCGACUGGCAGGUUGCCCACAACCACAUCCAGCGCCAUCAGCACUUCAUAGCUACCAUACCCGACGAGAACACGACCGUAGACAUCCACUUCACCCACACCCGCUCAAGCAAUCCCGACGCAAUCCCGUUGCUUCUGAUCCACGGUUGGCCCGGCUCCUUCUUCGAGUUUGAUCGCGUCGUCGACGACCUAGCAAAAACCUUCCAUGUCGUCGUGCCCAACAUUCCCGGAUUCAUGUGGUCUUCCCCACCACCACGUCGCGGCUGGACCCUUAGCGACACCGCUCGCCUCUACAACAAACUUAUGCACGCUCUGGGUCAUACCGCCUACGCCGCCCAAGCCGGCGACUGGGGCAUGUUCAUCGCACGCGAACUCGGCUCUAAGUACACCUCAUCGUGCAAGGCCGUGCAUCUGAAUUUUUGCCCCACGCCCCUCCCCGAUAAUCUGGAAUCGUCAGAUCUGGCCGAACGCGAGAAGCGAGUCGAGGCCCGUUGCGACGACUGGCUCGACAAUCACCUAGGUUAUGCAGUGUGUAUGCGUAGCCGGCCACAUACGAUCGGCGUGGCUUUCGCCGAUAAUCCCGUUGCGAUCAUGAUGUGGGUCGGGGAGAAAUACCUCGAGCUGGCGCAUCCCAAUCACAUGGACGAGAAGUGGUGGGACGAUGUGUUGACCACGGUGUGUUUGUACUAUUUCAGCGGUUGUAUCAUGACAUCCAUGCUUCCCUACUUUGAGAACGCGAAACACGCCGACUUUGGCACCCACGUCCUCUCACCAGCCAACAGAAUCACCUGUCCUAUGGGCUUCACCAGCUACAUGUACGACUCGCGUCCAGGCACAAAGAGGGGUGUAGAGCGCAGCGGCAAUCUGGUAUGGUAUCGCGAGGUGGACGAAGGGGGACAUUUCGCAGCAUUGGAGACUCCGGAGGGAUUUGUGGAGGACUUGCGGGCAUUUCUGGGGGAGCACUACCAUACAUGA